AUGUUUCUCACUAGGACCGAGUAUGACAGAGGAGUCAACACUUUUUCUCCUGAAGGAAGGCUAUUUCAAGUCGAGUAUGCCACUGAAGCUAUCAAGCUUGGUUCUACUGCAAUUGGAGUGAAGACAAAAGAUGGAGUUGUGCUUGCUGUCGAGAAGCGUAUCACUUCUCCUUUGCUGGAGCCGAGCAGUGUGGAGAAGAUCAUGGAAAUUGAUGACCAUAUUGGCUGUGCUAUGAGCGGUUUGAUUGCUGAUGCACGUACACUUGUUGAGCAUGCAAGAGUUGAGACUCAAAACCACAGGUUCUCGUACGGUGAGCCAAUGACUGUGGAGUCCACAACCCAAGCGCUGUGUGAUCUGGCUUUACGGUUUGGUGAAGGAGAUGAAGAAUCAAUGUCUCGGCCAUUUGGAGUAUCCCUUCUCAUUGCUGGUCAUGAUGAAAAUGGACCAAGCUUGUACUACACUGACCCGUCUGGAACAUUUUGGCAGUGCAAUGCUAAAGCAAUUGGUUCUGGGUCAGAAGGAGCUGAUAGUUCUCUUCAAGAGCAAUUCAACAAAGAUCUGUCACUUGAAGAAGCUGAGAAGAUCGCUGUGUCCAUCCUCAAGCAAGUUAUGGAAGAAAAGGUCACUCCAAACAAUGUGGACAUUGCCAAGGUAGCUCCAGCGUACCAUCUCUACACUCCAGAAGAAGUUGAAGCAGUCAUUAGUCGUCUUUGA